CGGCGGGCCACGGGAGACGGUGCCGAAGACCAGCGGGGCCCGCAGUGAGGGACGCACACGGCCGGGCAGCCUCGCGGAGCCUUGGAAUGUGAGGAGGAGGACGACCGCUGCGGCAGAAGCGGAGGCCAAGGCAGAAGAUGGCCAAGGAAAGGUGCCUUAAAAAGUCCUUUCAAGAUAGUCUUGAAGACAUCAAGAAACGAAUGAAAGAGAAAAGGAAUAAAAAUUUGGCAGAGAUUGGCAAACGAAAGUCUUUUAUAGCCGCACCAUGCCAAAUAAUCACCAACACUUCUACACUGCUAAAAAACUACCAAGACAACAAUAGAAUGUUAGUUUUAGCUUUGGAAAAUGAAAAAUCCAAAGUGAGAGAAGCCGAAGAUAUCAUCCUACAGCUGAGAAAAGAAUGUUACUACCUCACAUGUCAGCUAUAUACAUUGAAGGAAAAACUUACUUCACAAGAAGCAGAAGGAACUGCUCAGAACCAGGAAGUAUGUCUUUCUGAAAUGGAUUCCAAUGGUGACAACUCCAGGGAUUUAUUUGUGACGGAUUUACCGCAAGUUCCUCUUCAGGAAGCUCACCUUCCAGGACCAGGAGAAUCGUUCCAGAUAGAAGAGCAAAUACCUACCAUUCCUAAUCAAGACAGACAGAGAUUUGAUUUGGAUUCAGGUGAAGAUAAGUCUACUGAUAAUGUCUUACCUAGAACUGUAUCUCUCCGUCGCAGUUUAAAGAAACGUUUUAACAAUCUGUGUCAAUUCGAUACCUUGGAUGAUUUUGAAAUCAGUCACUUGUCAGGACAGUCUUUUGAACUGGAAAGAAUUAGAUUUGUAGACCCACUAAUAAGCGUGCACAUACCUGAAAAUGUAGAAGAAAAUGUUUGUCAAUGGAACAAGGAUCAAAUUAACUUAUCACCAAAGCUCAUUCACCCAGAAAAAUCUACUAAAACGAACGAAGACAUUUUAGAGUAUAAAUCUGAACCAACUAAAAGAAAGCAUAGAGGUGCGCACGGAAGAAAAGAGAAAAGAAAAGCUAACAGAAGGAGAAAAUCAAAAUGUAUAUCAAAGUAUAAAUGGAGCAAAAGUGUAAAUAAAAUAACUGUUUCCAAAAGUAAGUUGGAUGGAUCUAUCACUUCCAAUGAUGCUUACAAUUUUAAUUUGGAAGAGGGUGUUCAUCUCACUCCUUUCCGACAAAAAAUGAGCAAUGAUUCUACAAGAGAAGAAAACAGCUAUGAAUCUGAAGUGAGCAUUUGUGAAUCAGGUGGUUCAGGAGAUGAUUCUGAUGACCUCUAUUUGCCCACUUGCAAGUCCAGUCAAGAUCUCACCAGCGAAUCAAAUAGGGGCCCAGUCACCAGGCCUCAAUCUAAAAGAGUGCUAAAAUAUUCGGCUGGAAAAGAGACAGAGGGUCCUAAGCCAACAGAAACUCCUACCAGUGCGCUACCUGAAACUCACCAGUCAUCUCAUCGUAGCCUGAAGGAUAUCACCAAUGUCCCCAUGGAUCCUGUAGUGAAAAUCAGAAAACUAUCUCUUUCUCCCAAAAAGAAUAAAGAAAGCCCAGCAGCGUCUCUGCCUAAGCGCAGGUGCACCGCCAGUGUGAACUACAAGGAACCCACACUCGCUUCGAAACUGAGAAGAGGGGACCCUUUUACAGAUUUGUGCUUCUUGAAUUCGCCUAUUUUCAAGCAGAGAAAGGAUUCCAGAUGCAGUUCUAAAAAAAAAGUUUGAAGCAAAUACAAUGAAGCGUUUGUUGGAUGCUAUUUAAAUUCAUCUUACACUCCCUUCUGUUGCUCCAAGAGAGAAUCUGUAAGAUAGUACACAAGUGGGUCGAACUAUUGCCAUAGAAAUUCUCUUGACAGGACUCUAGAUCAUGAACAUUUCUUCAAAACUAAACUUCCAAAGUGUUUUUUUCUUAAGCCUUUAAUAAAUUCGGUUUAUUUCUUCUUUUAAAUAUAAGUAGCUGGACUUAAGCACUAUACUAGUAUAGAUUUCUUACACUGCCUAAAACCCUUAAUUUUAGUAGAAAUAUAUCUUAUGCCAACAUUUUGAAAAUUAAUAAUGAUUAUUCAAAUUAAGAUGUUUUAAUUAUAAGCUUCUGGCAUCUUCAUUUUUCCCUUAAGUGGGGACACUAGAAUGAAUGAUUUUUGAAGACAGGCUGAGAAUAUUUUGAAACUCUUUAUAUAAUAUUUGAAUAAAGCAAAUUCUUGACAUUCAUAGUAGGGUAUACCCUAAGUUGUUUGUGGAUCCCUUAUGUCAUUGUUAUAUUCAAUGUUUUUUAAUAAAAUGCGUAUGAGAUCAUGAAUAGAGAGAAUUGAUGGUUUUUUAUGCUCAGGGACUAGGUAAGUGACUAGCUCUGAACCCCAAGAUCUAGGUGUACAUUGUUCAAAGUGAUACCUCAGCAAAACCACAAAUUACUAUGUCAUGGACUUUCCGGAUAGUUCCUUAUUUAGUCAAAAAUCUCAAAUAUUAAAUGUGUGAAUGCCGAGGGCUUUUUUGUAUUUUUGAUCAACUAGUGGGAGGGAACUAGUUCAGUUCUAAAAGUUUGAAGCUUAUACUUGUAAAUUCCUCUUUAAACUUUAAAGCAUUGUAGGUUAUCCAUUUUUAAAGAGCAAUAAAAGUUAUAUAAGAUAGUGCUUGUGUUUUUCUUCUGUUCUUUAAAUAUCAAAGAUAGAAUAUCUAUCUGAUCAUCUUACUUUCUGGCCUUUACUGUUCUCAUCCUUCUUGGACAUUUCUCUCCCUCCACCUUGGUUUUCCCUAUAGGCAUUGCCGUGAAACUCUCAGCUGCCCCCACCAUACUCUCAACCUAACACUUCUCUUCUCUUUCAACUUUUCAUUGUGGCAUCUCCAGGUCCAUGAUCAACAAAUUCUGUUUUACUGGGUGACUCUUCCAGUCUUGACCUCAGGUUUUCUUGACUGUAUCUCCAUGUCUUUCUGUAUUCCAUAUCAAUCACAUCCAAAAACCUUUUCAUCAGCCAAGAUUUUCUAUCCCUGAUGGAAUUGCUGAUUCAUAUGUCCUACUCUCCCAGCAACAAUCGCGUGCUUUUCAACCACUUUUGUUUGUUCAACCACUUCCCUUAGAGCUGUUCUUUAAAUUCAUAGAAACUCUAGAAUGGCUGUCUUAAGAUUAAAUACAAUUUAAAAUUUAAUUUCUCAGUCACAGUAUCCACAUUUCAAGUGCUCAAUAGCCACAUGUGGCUAGUGAUUACCAUAUUGGAGACAAUGCAGAUAUAGAGCAUUUCCAUCACCACAGAAAGUUCUAUUGGACAAGGCCAGCAAUGGGCAAUUGCUCAAGGCCAGCAAUGGGCAAACUAGCAUAUGGGCCAAAUUCAGCCCUCUGCUGGCUUUUGUAUGAUCUGGAAGCUAAAAAUAUUUUUGUGUUUUUAAAUGGUUGAAAAAAAAUCAGACACUUGCUAUCAAUUUUGAUGACAGAAAACACUAACUUUGAACCCCAAUAAAGUACUUAAAUGCCUCUUUGGCCUGCAAAGCCUAAAAUACUUACUCUCCGGCCCUUUUCCAAAAAUGUUUGCCAACUCCUGCUCUAGACCAUUGACUGCGUUUGCUUUUACUUACAGAUCUUUCUCUUCCGACAUUUCUGAUCUAGCUUUGAUCCUCACCUUCCCUUCAUCUCGAAAAUCAAUCAUUCUAAAUUUUGUGUUUUUGUAUUUUUAUAGUUUUUGUACUUUUAAUAUUUCUGUAUUUUUCCUGUAGCAUUUAUCUCUGGACUGUUAAGAAUUGUUUUGUAUUUUAACAUUUUACGUGAAUGUUAUAUUGUAUAUAUCUUUUUGCAACUGACUUUUAACUCAACACUGUUUUUGUGAUUUAUCCGUGUUGUCAGAUGUAGAUUAUUUU